AUGACUUCCUCGUCUAUCGGACCAUUAUCUUUACGCGAUCGUCAUAUUGCUGCUCUCAAACAAAUCAUCAACCUAAAUACUUCUCCAUCAUCUAUAUCAAGUUCAUCUGCGGUAGAUACAGCUUGGAAAGUUCUUAUUUAUGAUGAAUUAGGUCAAGAUAUUAUUUCUCCAUUACUUACUGUAAAAGAACUUCGUGAUCUUGGUGUAACACUGCAUAUAUCAUUAAAAUCAGAUCGUGAUCCAGUCGAUGAAAUUGCUGCUGUGUAUUUUAUUACGCCAACAAAAGAUAAUAUAUCUCGAAUAGAAAAAGAUUUAGCCGAAGGCUUAUAUGAAUCGUACUAUUUGAAUUUUCUUGCACCAAUUCCACGUGAUCUUCUUGAGGAUUUAGCUACAGCUGUACUUGAAUCAAAUUGUCAACAAAAUAUUACUAAAAUUUAUGAUCAAUAUCUUGAUUUUAUUACACUUGAAGAUGAUCUAUUUUGUUUACGGCAAGUAGGCAAAGAUAGUAUAUCUUAUUAUGCUCUUAAUCGUCCUAAAAUGCUUGAUUUUGACAUGGAUGAAAUCAUUAAAAAAAUUGUUAAUAGCCUCUUUUCUAUUUGUGUUACACUCGUACCAAUUAUUCGAUGUCCAAUUGGUGAAGCAGCUGAAAUUGUAGGACAGAAACUUGAUGAGAAAUUACGAGAGCAUUUACGUGAUCAUCGAAAUAGUCUAUUCUCAUCUGAUUCAAUGGCUAUAGGAGCUUUAAGUUUUCAGCGACCACUUCUUGUCAUUUUGGAUCGAAGCACUGAUUUAGCAUCUCUUCUUCAUCAUACAUGGACUUAUCAAGCAUUAGCUCAUGAUGUUUUGGAUUUUAAAUUAAAUCGAGUUGAAAUUGAAGAAGUCGAUGAAUCGAUUGUAUUGAAUGACGGACGACAUCCAUCGAAAAGACGUACAUAUGAUCUAAUACCGACAGAUAAAUUUUGGAAACAACAAAAAGGAAAUCCUUUUCCAAUUGUUGCCGAAUCAAUUCAAGAAGAACUCGAACGAUAUCGACAAUCCGAAGAUGAAGUUAAACGACUUAAAUCUGCAAUGGGUAUUGAAGGCGAUACACAAGAUUUAGCUAUCAGUCUAUUGAAUGAUACGACAAGUAAAUUAACAAGUGCAGUCAGUUCUUUACCAGAAUUAUUAGAGAAAAAACGAUUACUUGAUGCGCAUACAAAUAUAGCAACUGCUCUUCUUGAUCAAAUUAAAAAACGAAAACUCGAUAUCUUCUUUGAAACAGAAGAAAAAUUAAUGACUAAACAAGUUCAAGAAAAAAUUCUUAUGGAAGUUCUUUCUGAUCCAGCAGCUGGUACACCAGAAGAUAAACUUCGUCUAUUUCUAAUUCAUUAUAUUUGUACACCAACAAUGACACAAAUUGAACUUGAUCAAUAUAUAACAAUUCUACGAGGAUCAAAUUGUACAUGUUUAGAUGCAAUUACAUAUAUCAAACGUUGGAAAUCAAUUAGUAAUUUAAGUGUUGUUUCACAAACAAGAGAAGGUGGAACAACAACAAUGGGAAUGUUUUCGAAUUUGGUGAACAAAGCUUCGAAAUUUGCUAUGGAAGGUGUUAAAAAUCUUGUUGUAAAACAAUAUAAAUUACCAGUAACAAAAAUAGUGGAUAAUCUAAUGGAAUGUCGUUCAUCACCUGAAACAGAUGAUUAUCGUUAUUUUGAUCCAAAACUACGAUCAACAGACAAUGCAAAUGUUGUUCGUAAUCGACAAGGAUUUAAUGAUGCUAUUGUAUUUAUGAUUGGUGGUGGUAAUUAUAUUGAAUAUCAAAAUCUACAAGAUUAUGCUAAAAUACGAUCAACGACAACAAAACGGAUUAUCUAUGGAUGUACAGAACUCGUGAAUGCUUCUCAAUUUCUUGAACAACUUGCAAAAUUGGGUCAAUAA